AUGGAAAACCCAGUGUCGGAAAUUUCGACUGUCAUCAAGCUGCUGAUAGAGUCACCACCAUCAAUUCAGCAGGAAACGAUAGAGAAAUACUUCACACCAUCAGCAGCCUUUGUACAUCCAUUCUGCCGGGUUUCGAGUUAUGAUGGAAGCCGUUGGUCCAUCAUCAAGAUCUUCCAGUGGUACAAGAUCAUGUCGCCUCGAAUUGAGCACCAGUCUACAGCCUAUGACGAAAACCAUCUCACUCUGUAUAUUACCCUGUCACAGAUAUUCUCGAUAUGGCUGGUCCCAUUCCACGUCUCUCCAGUCAAACUCACCUCGGUCAUCAAUCUUACCACGAAUGCUGGAGGCCAGAAGCCCUUGACGAACGGGGAUCGUACCCUUCACUACAUCGCCAAGCAAGAAGAUUUGUACCAGGUCUCGGAAUGGAUCAAGUUCCUGGUUCCCCAUGUAGGGCAUCUCUUUGUUCUCGCUUUUCAAUCAUUUGCGACCCUCUUCUGUAUAGUUGGGGUUGCCAUCUUCUAUCCUAUCAUGUGGUUGGAGGAGAGACGGGUUAUUCCUUACAAGAUGUUGCGCAAGGGAAACCUGGUGUAUAAUAUUGAGAAAAAGAUACCAGAGAUCAAGAAAGAAUGA